AUGUUAUUACCAUUAGAUAAAUUAAACAGGAUAUAUGAUUAAAUCUUACAGAACUCUAAUAUUGAAGGUAAUAGAUGUAAUCAAGCAGUUACCUAAAUAUUUGUGAGCAAUUCUGUAGAUUCUAUUUGCGCCCUCAAGAUUCUUCUUACUCUCCUAAAAUCAGACUAGCUUUAAUACAUACUUACUCCAGUUUUUUCAAACUCUCAUCUUAUCUAAGAAAUAAACAAGCUUAAAAAUACUAGUUAAAGUUUAAGGUCAUUGAUAUUCAUAAACUGCGGGGGCAAUUUAGACUAAACAUCGCUUUGGUACUAUCAAAACUAAGCUAAGUUUCAGAUAUUUCUCUUUGAUUCCCAUAGGCCCUUUCAUCAUCAUAAUUUGAUUGAUGUAGCAAAUAAGAUACACAUUAUUCAUGAUGGCUGUUCAACUUUUGAGAACUUAUUGACACUCACUGAUAUUUAGCUGCUUUAAAAUUACCAAUAAGAGGAGGAGAACAGUGAUUCCGAAGAGAGCAAUUAACUUUCAGACAUAGAUGAGGUAGAGGAGGAGCUCAAGGAUCUUAGAGACAGCGGCUCUCAAGAAAUGCUUGAUGAAUCGGAUGAGGAAUAUAAAAAAGGAGAUGUCGAAAAAGUAAAAGUAGGCAAAAAGAGAUAAAGAUUAUAGCAAGAAUAGCUGAUAGAUAAAAAAAGAUUAUUUAGAAAAGUAAAGGCUAAGUUUAGAGUUUAUUAUCAGGGUACGUUCAUUUGGAAGUGCAUUGGAGGACUUAUGUAUCACAUGAGUUAAUCUGUCAAUAGAGAAACCCGGGAAUUCCUUUGGCUUUGGAUAGUGGGUCUCACUGAUAAUAUGCUUCAUUAACUGAAUGGAAGCAGCUAGCUAUACUAAGAUGAUAUUUUAAAGCUCAACGAUGAGGUCUAGAGGUUAAAUCCACACAUCUAUUUUAUUGAGAAUGAAAAGAUGGUAUCUGAUAGUGCUGAUAAAUCAGAUCCCUCUAUUGAUAAUCCCAGAAUUCUGACUUAGCACCACUAAGUCGUGGAACCUAAGCCAAAAGAUAUAGAUUUAUUCAAGCAUGUGCAAACAAAAAACUCGAAUUAAGAAAUUGGAACGAUCAUGAUCAUUAAUGAUUUAAAACUGAUGCUACUGAAACACUGGACUCUGCAUGAUAGCAUGAUUAAUUCAAACUACAUUGUGUCUAAUUUAAAAACAUGGACUGAGCCUGGAGUAAUUAUGUACAAAAGAUUUCUAGCUACAAUAGGUAUUCCUAUAGAAGAGUCAAAGUAGAAAUAUAACUUUAUGGCUCCUUUGUUUAAGAAUGAUUUGGUAGAUAAGAUUGCCAAUCAUAGUGAUAGAUUUCUCCUUGAUUAAAUACUUAUAACAUCAUAUACUAAGCAGGUAGACUCGAAAACUAUCCUUUCAUCUAAUGACACUGUUUACAUUCUUAAUGGCAUAUUGGAGAAUUUUAAAACGAUAAAGCAAUAUAGAGAAUUGAUAGAUUAAGAUAUCGAUUCAAUUCAAAAGAAGAAUCAGCAAUUUCUUAAUCCAGAAGAUAUCUUAAUCAGUAUGAAGCAAAGGAUGCAUGAUCAAAGAGGAUAGUAGCAAGAAAGGCAGUUGGAAAAUUAAAAGAAGUCAAUCCAGAAUAAUCUUAAUAUUAUCAAAGAAUGUGAGUAUGAGAAUUUCUUCAAGGCGUAUGAUGCGCUAGACUUUGAUAAGAAAAAGUACUUUGAGGAGGGAAUAGAGUUAGCGAAGGAGAUCUAGCAAGCCAUUAUUUCUAUUGGCACCUAAAUUCUAUAGAAAAAAUAGGUAAAGGUUGCAACACACUUCAGAUAUGUAAUGAUGAAUAACGAGAGCAUCAAAGAUAUUUAGGUGUUCCAAUACCCAAUGGCUAUCAGGAGGCUAGGAUUAUUUAUAAUGGAGACAUACCGAGAGAUAAAGUGCAAGUCUAAAGACAAACCUUUGGUUAUUACAAUUAGGAAUACUUUCCUAGGCACCACUUUGAUUGUAGCUAUUCUUGGAUUACAUAGCAAUUAAAAAGGUAUCAUUGGCAAGAAUCAUUUUGGCUAGGUUUUUCAUUUGACAGUAGAAGCUACUAACAUUAGAGCCAAGCAUGACUCUUUUGACUCCUCUAUAAUUGAGAUUAAGAAUGAGGAUUUUAGAGCUUUCAUGGAAUCUCUUGUAUCAUUCGACAUUAACAAUACCUAAAAUUGA